AUGGAGGAAGAAAUGAUGUUUGAUGAUUUUUUGAGAGGUGACAAGGCCUCCAAAAGACUUUUUCUGGCGGUUUUAAGCUUUGUCAGGUAUUGGGUCAAAAUUUGUACAUUCUUUGUUUUGUGUAUGAUCAAAGUGGUGGAUGCCGAGGUGCUUGGUGAUGAUUUAGAGCUGUCCGACACAAGGGCAUCAAUUCCAUUUGACUACUGUAUUUAUUUGAUUAACCGCCCUGGGCGUUCAUUGAAUUUUUGGACCUUGAGGGUGGGUGUUUAUUCGAGGCUGGGCGCUUAUUAACUUUUUCUGCCUUUAGGAUGGGUGCUUAUUUGAGGUGGGCACUAAUAUUUCGAUGUUGGGUGCUUAUUGGAAUAAAUACGGUAAAUUUUAAUUUUAGCUGAUCACCUCAGUUCCUGGAAGUUUUUCCAAAAUGGUUAGUCUUUGAAAAGGAUGUUUUUUUUCAGUCAGUGACACAGGUGGCUCCAAAGAAAAAAUCCAAGUUCUCCCAAUGGGAGUCAAACCAAUGACCUACUGGUCACUAGUCCACAUGCCCUACCACUGAGCUACAGGAGCCUCGUGGGAGCUAAGGCCAUUAAUCUAGGUUCCUGUGACAAACAUCCAUCAUACUGCUAGUGCAGGAUGUAGAAGUCUAAGGCUGAGACCCAAAAGCAUGAUGGGAUAUGGAAAAUCCCAGUGUUGUGUACAGAAGUAAAUACUUACUGUACAGAUGCUAUUCAAUCAGCAAAUAAAGUUAAAGGAAAGUGAAGACAGCGUAACACUUGGAGUAGAAUGUCAAAAUGUGCUUAUGUUCUAUGAUAAAGCUGAUAUUAAUGGUGAAUUUUGAGCCUGGUGAAUACACGAGAAGAUGUUUUUUCAGUUGGUCACACUCAACAGGCGACUUGAAUGUGACACAUUUCUAUCAUUGUUUAUAGUUUGAUGUUUGGUGAUUUUUUAGAGUGGUGACAAGGUCAUUAAGACCAUUUUGAAACAUUUCAAUUUGGCUAAUUGCCAUUUCAAUUUUUUCCAAAGGGUCAAAAUUUAAGAUUUGUUUCUAUUUUGGUUUAUGGUGGAAAAUAAAUAUUUUAAAAAGUGGUGUGUUUACCACGAUUUGGAUUUUAACUGGCAGCCAUCUUCAGUUUUUCCUAAGGUGUUGGCCUAUGAUUUUGGGACAAAAUCGUAGCCUUAAUGGACAAGGAUGAUGUUUGAGAGUAGGCUAGAGGGCUAUCAAGACCAAUUUCAAAGAUCUUGAAAUUCUUUUAGCUAGUUACUAUGUUAGAUUUUUCUAAAGCCGUUAGCUUAUGAUUUUGGAUAAAGUAAAAAAAUUUCUUUUAUUUUUGUGCAAGGUAAGAUAAAGGGCCGGUUAUUUAAACGGAGUUUAGCCACUGUUUAACAAAACCGUGUUCUAAGCCAUUUUCAGUUUACUCAACGCUUUUAUCUAAAAGCCCGUUAUUAUGAUCAGUUUCAUGAAAGUCACAGGGAACACUGGAGAACCAUUAAUCUUCUUAAAAUAACCCACUUAGAGAGAGAUCUGGAGGUCUAAUAAUGUCUUGAAACCGUGGCCUAAGUUAGACUUCGUUUAAAUAACCGACCCAUAAUUUUUUGUUUGAAAGCAGUUAAAGAAGGCAAAUUUUGGCACAAUAAGCAAAAAUCUGUAUCUUGGUCAAUGGUCUCGGUACCCUUUACCGUACACAAUAAUAAUAAUAAUGAUAAUGAUAAUGAUAAUAAUAAUAAUAAUAAUAAUAAUAAUAGUAAUAAUAACAAUAAUAAUAAUAAUAAUAAUGACAGAUUAGAAUUUUGAGUCAGAAAGCAGAGGUUACAACCGCCCUUUUGGAAAAAAGCAAGGUGGCCGUUCGCCUAAGCCGACACCUCGGUACUGUACAGCCCCCGAAAUGAUACCGACCCCGAAAUGAUCCCCAUUUCUCUUCGCGUCGACCCUGAAAUGAUCCCCAAUUAAUUUUAGGAAUGGAAUGAACUAUGGAUUCAAAAUGUACAACAUCAUAACUUAAGUUUCACUUAAAAUCUUCUCUUGCCCACAUUCUUUAAUGACAUUAAUUUGGAAUUAAACUUUGAACUGGAUUUAACAAAAAUAUUAUUUAAUACACAAAGUCUAGUAUAUUUUUAGUAACACCAUGAACUGCCACUGAUAACAUCAAGAAACAUAACAUUUUUUUUUAUUAUUACUUAGGUGAUUAUAGUCCGGGUUAUAGAGAGCACUGCAUCAUUAGGUGUUAAAUUCUAAAAAUGAUGUUAAAACUGCAUGCCUUGACUAUUGAAUAUUAAAAAUGGUGUUUUCACACUUUUUAAAAUUUUAAAACGAUGUUGAAGAUGCAAAAGUAGACAUAAAGGCGGUUAGAUGACAAAAGCGCUAAAAAAAUCACAUAAACUGUAGUGAAAUGUUAAAUGCGAUUCAAGAACGUAAACGCUGCAACAGACUUGUAACAAUUCCGUGACGGAAUACCAUUCCAUUCGGGGGCUGCACAGUACUCCUGUCCCUUUUCUUCGUACGUUUUUACCACACACAAGAAACCGAGGACAUUCAAAAUGUUAAAAUAAAUUUCAAAUUUUGAAAAAAUGACAGCCAAAAUCGAAAUCUUGGUAAAUGGUCUAAAUGCCGUCUUCCAAACGUGAUAGUUAUGGACAGCGAAUGGUACCUAUAAAUUCGGGAGUAUCGCCAAAUAUUGACCCGACCUCUAAAUCUCAUAAGCGUUUGUAAUGAGAUUGGAGGCUCGUUUUGUAUAUUCCCUCCGCGUCAGAGUCUUGUAAGUUGAAUGUGCACUGAAAAUAACAAGGACCUCUCCUUCUCAGAGUUUGUCAUUCGCCAGCCUUUAAAUACCUUAAGGCGUCUUACGCUUAUCAUACAAUUAGUGGCGAAAGUUUAAUGCUACUGUUCAUUUCCUUUAGUCUACAAAAGAAAUGCUCCUGCCCUUAACGUGAAACUGAAAGGAAACACGUCCCAGGAGAAGGACAAGAAGGUACCAUUUAGUGUUAUUUUAUUUACUUAUUGA